GAUCCAGCAGCAUCUUUUCCAUCGCCAUUCAUUCAAGGAUCUCAUGCUUUGAUGAGCGUGAUCUCCACCUUUCGGGCUUUCGUGCACGCUGCAUUUAAGGACCUGUGCCUCAACAAAUCCUCACGGCAAUACUGAUCUCACCCCUGGAGGCUUACUUGAAGCAGGAUUACACAGAUUCAUCAGGGCUAAACCAUUUAUGACAAAAGCUGCACCAUGAAGGUACUUUUACUACUCACCCUGCUGACGUUAUGUCACGCCAAACCAUACACGCCUAUCAACGUCAUGGAUUUCAUCAAGCAUCAUGACAUCAUGCAACAAGACGCGGGUGAUUUUGACGACGACGACAACGAUGAUGAUGACAACGAUGACCAUUACGAUGAUUAUGAUGAUAACUUUAUUUCGGACUGUCCCGAAGGGUGUCGGUGCUCAAAGAAAGUUCUGCAGUGUUCAGAUCAGGGUCUGACCAAGGUGCCAAAGGACAUUGCUGCAAACACAUUGCUCGUCGAUUUCCAAAACAAUGACAUCACGGAAAUCAAGGAAGAUGAUUUCAAAGGCUUGGAUAAUCUCUAUGCCCUGUUUCUGCUCAAUAACCAGAUAUCAAAAAUUCACCCAAAGGCCUUUCGCAACAUGAACAAACUCAAGAUUCUCCACCUGUCAUACAACCUGCUGACACAAAUGCCUGAGAACCUUCCCACGAGCAUUCAGUCACUGCGACUGCACGACAACAAGAUCAGCCGACUUCCAAAAGGAGCAUUUAGAGGAAUGCAAGACCUAAAUGUUUUAGAACUGAGUGCAAAUCCAAUUGCAAACAGCGGGAUUGACCCAGGGGCUUUUGACGACAUGGCGACUCUCUACUUGAGAAUAGCUGAAGCGAGGCUUACAGCUAUCCCUAAAGAUCUGCCAUCUUCCCUCACGGAACUUCACUUGGACUACAACAAGAUUGCCAAAAUAGAGUCCGAGGAUUUUUUGAGAUUAAAACAUCUACAAAGGCUUUGGCUUGACUUCAAUCAAAUCAAGUAUGUUGAGAACGGAAGCCUCACUGCCAUUUCCAAAGUCAGAGAAAUUCAUUUGGAUAACAAUAAACUGAAGAAAGUUCCUCCAGGCUUGAACAACCUGAAAUAUCUGCAGGUGGUGUACUUGCAUGCCAACAGCAUCAGUUAUGUUGGAGUAAAUGACUUUUGCCCUUCAAGAACCCGGGUUAAGAAAUCCCUCUACACUAGGAUCAGUUUAUAUGCAAAUCCAGUAAAAUACUGGGAGAUUCAGCCACCCACUUUUCGGUGUGUUUCCAGCCACAAUUCGGUGCAACUGGGUAACCACAGAAAUUGAGUGAAACAGUACCAUCUUGCCACUGGAGGGCAGCAUUAUAACAAGUCAUAAACUUCAUCCUAAUGUAAUAAAUUAUCAUUUCAUGUCCUCAUGGUGAUACAGAACGUAAUUUAUCCAAAAUCCAAGAGUAUGCGCAGUGGCUACAGACUCGUUACUUGAAUUUGGUGAGGAUUUCGGAGACUUUGAAUUCCAGUAAAGACAGAAUCAACUACACUGUGUGCAAUAGUUACAUAGGCUUUCAUUAUUAAUGUUUACACUGAAAUCUUUUCGACUUUAUAAUGACCGAAGAACCGUUUUAAUUCAGAUCAGGUGCUAAAUCAAUUUGUCCCCAUGUAUUGAAGGUCUCAAAUUUUUUGCUUAAAAGGAACGACUGUCUAGAAUCUAAGAGAAAUAAAUAAAACGUACAAGGCCAGUUUGUUUAUUGUUCUACUUCUUGUAUUUUAGAGAACGGGCAUUAUUCAUUGGUGCUUAUUAACAGUUUUAGUGAUAACAAAUCUAAUAUUGCAUGCUAAAUUUUCCAUUAUAUAACUUUUUAUCCAUUGCCAGGGUUUUCUCUGAAAUAUUGGACAUAGACAUUCUUGUCAGAUCUCAGAAAUUCUGAAAAACUGAUCUGUAUGGACCACCGGGCUGGUUACAGUUUACACAACAGCGUCCCUGACAUUUGCAAAACCGUACUUGCAGCAAGUGUUUUCUUAGC